CUAUCGUGACGUAAUCAAGCCGCGACAGGCAGCUAGCUACGCAGUUGUUUGUUGGAUCGGAUUUGUUGGAAUUUUCCACUGCGGACUUUAAGAGACUCGGACCCGAACCCUGACCCAGCGGAGACCGCCACAGACCGCCACAGACCAGAGCCAGGACCCACUUGUGUGUGAUCCGGGUCCGAGCGCGUUCCGGUUCCGUGUGGACCGUCAGCCCGUCCGGAGGCUCACUGGUAGCAUCGGUAGCAUCGGUAGCAUCGGUAGCUCAAUGUGCGUUUGAUCCUGAUGGAGUGUCCCGGAGGAGGAGCGGGAGGGGCGGUGCUGUCCGGAGGGAACGUCCCGGCCUUUCUCACCAAACUGUGGACCCUGGUGGAGGACCCGGACACCGACCCGCUCAUCUGCUGGAGCCCGAGCGGAACCAGCUUCCAUGUGUUCGAUCAGGGUCGGUUCUCUAAGGAGGUUCUACCAAAGUUCUUCAAACACAACAACAUGGCCAGUUUCAUCAGACAGCUGAACAUGUAUGGGUUUCGUAAAGUGGUUCACAUCGAGCAGGGCGGUCUGGUGAAACCAGAGAGAGAUGACACAGAGUUCCAACAUCCGUUCUUCAUCCGAGGACAAGAACAUCUGCUGGAGAACAUCAAACGCAAAGUCACCAACGUGUCGUCUGUGCGCCAGGAGGAAGUGAAGAUGUCGACAGAUGAAGUGAACAAGAUCCUAAACGACGUCCAGCUGAUGAAGGGGAAACAGGAAACUAUAGACUCCAGGAUCAUCGCCAUGAGACAUGAGAAUGAGGCUCUGUGGAGAGAAGUGGCCAGUCUGAGACAGAAGCACGUUCAGCAGCAGAAAGUUGUCAACAAGUUGAUCCAGUUCCUGGUGUCUCUCGUCCAGUCCAACCGGGUCCUGGGAGUCAAGAGGAAGAUUCCUCUGAUGCUGAAUGACUCUAGCUCCACCCACUCUGUGCCUAAAUACAGUCGGCCGUUCUCAUUGGAGCACAUGCAGGCUGCAGCCAGUCUGUUCUCAGCUGACUCCCCAGUGAAUUCUGGACCAAUAAUCUCUGACAUCACAGAGGUUGCCACGCCCACAGCUGAGGAUGUGGUCAGUGAUUGGACGGAUGCAGGAGAGAGCCAAUCAGUCAACGUCAAACAGGAACCAUCCAGUCCUGAUGUGGAAGUGUGUUCUUCUCUGGAGGGCGGAGCUUUACCUGUAGACACGCCGCUCUCACCCACCACCUUCAUAAACUCCAUCCUACAGGACAGCGAGACGCAGCUGACCCCAAAUACCUCCACCACCAAUCCUACAACAGCCAGUCCAAUUGUUUUGGUGAGCCCUGCUUCCACUGGGCCCCUCCCACCAACCCCAGCCAGCCAAUCACCUGCUUCCGUUCCCAUCCCAGAUACUGCCCCCAGCCCCUCCAAAACUCAGCAGAAAUGUCAGACCAUCGCCUGUAUUGACAGACCCCGCCCCCCUCCCUCUGCAGGUGGAGUCUCACCUGACGUUUGGCGCUUCUUAUCAACACGAUCUGACAAGUCAGAACUGUCUGAUCAUGUGGACAGUAUUGACAACAGUCUAGAAAACCUGCAGAGCAUCCUGAACACGCAAACCUUCACCUUCGACACUUCCCCACUCAUGGAGUUCUUCAGUUCGUCCUGUCCAUCUGGAGACUUUGACCUCGACAGUUUGGAUACUCUACUUUCUGAAGAAGUCCCUAAAGGAAGUGAUGAAAGCACCGCCAACCACACAGGUAACAACGCACUGACUCAGGUAACACAGGAAACACUGACACAGGAAACAGGAAACACAGACACAGGAAACACAGGAAACACUGACACAGGAAACACUGACACAGGAAACACAGGAAACACUGACACAGGAAACACUGACUCAGGAAACACAGGAAACACUGACUCAGGAAACACAGGAAACACAGACUCAGGAAACACAGGAAACACUGAGACAGGUAACAGGAAACAGGAAACACUGACACAGGAAACAGGAAACACUGACACAGGAAACACAGGAAACACUGACACAGGAAACACAGGAAACAGUGACUCAGGAAACACAGGAAACACUGACUCAGGAAACAGGAAACACUGACACAGGAAACAGGAAACACUGACACAGGAAACAGGAAACACUGACACAGGAAACAGGAAACACUGAGACAGGUAACAGGAAACAGGAAACACUGACACAGGAAACAGGAAACACUGACACAGGAAACAGGAAACACUGACACAGGAAACACAGGAAACACUGACACAGGAAACACAGGAAACACUGACUCAGGAAACACAGGAAACACUGACACAGGAAACAGGAAACACUGACACAGGAAACACUGACACAGGAAACAGGAAACACUGACACAGGAAACAGGAAACACUGACACAGGAAACAGGAAACACUGACACAGGAAACAGGAAACACUGACACAGGAAACAGGAAACACUGACUCAGGAAACAGGAAACACAGACUCAGGUAACAGGAAACACUGACACAGGAAACAGGAAACACUGACACAGGAAACAGGAAACACUGACACAGGAAACACAGGAAACACUGACUCAGGAAACACAGGAAACACUGACACAGGAAACACAGGAAACACUGACACAGGAAACACUGACUCAGGAAACACAGGAAACACUGACACAGGAAACAGGAAACACUGACACAGGUAACAGGAAACACUCACACAGGUAACAGGAAACAGGAAACACUGAUGACACAGGAAACACUGACACAGGAAACAGGAAAGACUGACACAGGAAACAGGAAACACUGACACAGGAAACACUGACACAGGAAACACUGACACAGGAAACAGGAAACACUGACACAGGAAACACAGGAAACACUGACACAGGAAACACAGGAAACACUGACACAGGAAACAGGAAACACUGACACAGGAAACAGGAAACACUGACACAGGAAUGUUGUUGAAUGUUAUAAAGAGUUCGGUCUAGACCUGCUCUAUUUGAAAAGUGUCCUGAGAUAACUUCUGUUAUGAAUUGGCGCUAUACAAAUAAAACUGAAUUGAAUUGAAUUGACUCAGGUCACACAGGAAACACUGACACUGAUUUUAUUGAAUGCCUGUUGUCAUGGUGACUCUGUGCUGCUUUCUGAUUGGUCCAGGGAAGCAGCUGGUGCAUUACACGGCCACACCUGUCCUGAUGUCUGAACCAAUCAGCUUGGGGGAGGGCGGAGUUGACCUGCCCUCCCUGCUGGAGAUGGAGGCGGAGCCUUUCUUCAGCACUGACCCACCCACCGAUGACCCGGCUGCCCUGCUUAGCCACGCCCACCUGGACUCUGACCUCUGACCUCUUCAGAGGGGGCAGGGACGUAGAAUGUGAUUUAUCAGUCACCAUAGCAACGGGACAGUCUGAGCGCUGACUCAGCAGCAGCAAUAGAUGAUGAAAUCAAUCGAUCAGCUGUAGAUCAAUCAGUAGGUCAAAGGUCAUGUUUUUAUUAUGCAGUCGAUAUUAACAGUUUAUAUACCUGUGUCUUCUUCUACUCUUUUUAUUUUAGCUGUCUUUGCUGCUUUAAUGAAACGUUCUCAGAGAACAGAGUCAACCUGCUCUCAGGUGUGACAGGAUCAUGUGACCCAGCUGUUCUCUGUGUUCUGCAUGUUGAUUGGUUGUUUAAAAUGUAGAAGAUGAACAGAAUCUUAUCUAAAUAUUUUUGGAAGAGUUUAUUAUGAAUGAAAAGUGUUAAUUGUCGCCCAAUGACCCUUGUUACCAUGGAGAUGCAUUUAUUUGACCUGUUGGAUCAAUAUCAGUUCUGGUUAAUCAGAUCAGGUAUCAGCCACGAUGUCAUUGAUCUGCAUUAAGUGAUGAGAGAGACAGACAGACAGACAGACAAUGCACAGUGUUGAUUUGAGUUCCUCUUUUAAAAUGACGGACAGAAGAUCAAUAUUUAAACAUCACAUCUGGCUGUUGAUUGGUUGAUCAGAACUGAUCCACAAACAGGAAGUUGCCCUUCAGUAUAAAGCGUUUGUCAUUACCAUGUUUACUUUGGUAAUGUUUAAAUUUAAACGUGAAUGAAAUGUGUUUGACCCACCUGACAGCGCUCCAGCUGCCGGGGGGAGAGGGAUUGUGGGAAAUAAAGACGAGGGUCAAAGGUCAGAUAAAAUGUUGAAAACACUUCAGUUGAAUAAAACCUUUUAAACCAA